AUAAAUUUUUAUUUGGUGUUUUAAUAGGAAAUCAAUGCCAGAAAUUAUUUGACCUUCCCAAUAAUCUGUCACACAAUAGAUUGUUAUUGGUUUUACCCAUCUUAGCAUUCUUUGAAACAUACCAAGUUUUCAGCAUCUCAACUUGACAUUUUAUUUUAAAAUCAAAUACAAGUUCAAAACUUGAAUUUAAUAAGAAAAAAUAUUUACUUGUAACAGUAACAUCAACAUGAUCCCUGUUGGAAUGAGGUCUGCAAUAGCACACAUUAAUUUAGAGCAGGUCGAACCUCUCAACCCCAAAAGGACGUUGGCAUUCAUCAACUACUGGAUUGCUCACAUGGUCUCAUUUUUAGACCAAUUUGUGUCAGUAUGUGAGCAUAAGCUUGCUGAAGUUAAUACAAAAAUUCAACAAUCCGAAGAUGCCCUGGCAAUCCUUGAGAGCAAAUUAUCCUCAAUAUCUGGUUUGGAAAACAUCACAGAAUGUUCCUCUACCACCACCACAGCCAUCACAACUCAUGAAGAACCUGUCCGGGCAUCAGAAGGUCAAUCCGGCAGUGAAGGCCUGAACUUGGCCACUGACAAUGCGGAUGCAGCUUAUACUGAAGGUCAAUCCGGCAGUGAAGGCCUGAACUUAGCCACAGACAAUGCGGAUGCAGCUUCUCAGUCCAACACAGUACCGGCCCGCCAGCACCCUGACUACGCAACAUAUUUCAAGAUGGUCGCAGUGGGAGUGCCUCUCACUGCUGUCAAGCUCAAGAUGUCUGCUUUAGGUCUGGACCCGGACUUGUUAGACAACCCGGACGCCCAUGUGACUGCCAGUGCCGCUUGCGAACAAGAAGCUGAGGACGACUCGGACGAGGAGCUGUCCUCCUGGAGCGAAUAGAUGACAUGCUGGAGCACGAGCAACUUUUCAGUUGCUGCUCAUUCAUGAUCGUACAAAUCAAUAGGAUUCGUAUGGGUACACAAGUCGAAUCUUGUAGAUUUCACUAUUAUCAUAGAUAAGAUGCUGACAUAAAUUUGAAGCAGCUCAGGAAAUCUGGAAAGAUCUAACUGAACAGAGACCUCUUGUUUGCCACUAUGUCUAGAUGAGAUGUUAGCAAUUUUCUGCGAUUAUCAACAUUUAGCUAUAAUUUCCCAAGCUAAUUUUACUGGAUAAUAUUUAAUAUGAUCUUGAUAAUGGAACAUGUUAACGCUGUGAUGAAUGCUUCGUACCUAUUUCUUCACAGGAAUUAUUGUUAUUUGU